AUGUUCCACAUAACGCGUCUGUUGGUAUUCCUUGCAGCUCUUGGGUUAUUUGCUGUCAACAGUGUGGCAGAUCCGACUCCCAAAUGUCAUUUACAACUAGCCACCAAACCACGAUUGUUCCUGUUGAGCGACAUCGAUAAUGAGCCAGAUGACGCCCAGUCACUGGUGCGCCUUCUGCUCUAUUCAAAUGAGUUUCGGAUCGAGGGUCUUGUUGCCACAACGAGCUUCUGGCUCAACGACACCACUCGGCCUGAUCACAUGGAAGAUAUCGUACGGGGUUACGAAAAGUCGCUUCCAAAUUUGAAGGUUCAUGCGUCUGGCUGGCCUGAGCCGAGUCGCCUUCUGAAGCUCAUCAAGUCAGGGUCGACUCUCUAUGGCAUGGAUGGAGUGGGGGAAGGCCAUAACAGUGAAGGCUCAAAUCUCUUGAUUGACGCUGUUGACUCCUCUGAUGAGCCACUUUGGGUCCCUGUGUGGGGUGGUGCAAAUACUCUGGCGCAAGCACUCUGGCAGGUUAAUGCCACUAGGUCGGAUAUCGACCACUUCGUGUCGAAAUUGCGUGUUUACUCCAUUUCCGAUCAGGACAAUGCAGGCCCGUGGAUCCGACGUCAUUGGCCAGGUCUGUUUUAUAUCGCGAGUGUGCAUGCAAUCAAUCGGUAUGGCAAUGCAGCUUGGGGAGGUAUGUCUGGUGAUGACUAUUAUCACUUCCCAAACAAUGCGGACAAGGAAGUGAUAUCCCCUACUUGGAUCGAGAAAAACAUCCAAAUCGGUCCUUUGGGUGGCAGGUAUCCAAGCAGCGAGUUCAUCAUGGAAGGCGACAGUCCUUCUUUGCUGUACAUGAUUCCCAAUGGCCUAUCCGACCCCGAGCACCCGGAAUGGGGAUCCUGGGGAGGUCGGUAUGACCCCGUUGUAUGGGGCGAGGGCCACUUUGCAGACAGCAUAGAUAUCCUGGUCGACCAAGACGGACGCACCAUGAUGGGCUCUCAAGUCACAAUUUGGCGAUGGCGGACCGCUUUCCAAAAUGACUUCAAAGCACGAAUGCAAUGGACGAUCCAGUCCACUUUCGAACAGGGAAAACAUGCGCCCGUUGCGAUUGUCAAUGGAAGUUCCACCCGUGACGUCUUGGAAUAUCUUGUUGCGCCAACCCAGAAGAUCAGCUUUGACGCGUCUGAUUCGUGCAGUCCUGAUGGCGAUGUGCUCUCUUACAAGUGGUGGCAGUACUUGGAGCCGAGUUCCAACCUCAACACGCCGAAGCGAGAUGUGACAGUUUUGGAAAUCGAGGAUGCCAACUCCCCCAUCAUCUCCAUUGAUGUCCCUUCGGCUGAGGUGCUGAGAAAGGCUGGUAGAGGAGUUCAUCCUCAUGCAGAUAAGCACUUGCAUCUCAUUCUGGAAGUCUCCAGCGGCUUCCAGGUCAGCUACCGACGAGUUAUCCUUACUAUUAAGGGAGUCGUCGAGGGUUCGCAACCUAGCAGAUCAGCGAGUCAUGAUGAGUUGUGA